GCUGGAAGUUCAGGCAGAUGUCCAGAAGGAGAUUUUCCCCAAAGACUCGGUCAGCCUGGGGGCCGUCAGCGACAACGCCAGCACUCGAGCCAUGGCUGGCUCCAUCAUCAGCUCCUACAACCCCCAGGACAGGGAGUGCAACAACAUGGAGAUCCAGGUGGACAUCGAAGCCAAGCCAAGUCACUACCAGCUGGCCAGCGGCAGCAGCACCGAGGACUCCCUGCACGUCCACACCCAAAUGGCAGAGAACGAGGAGGAGGAGGAGGUGGAAGAGGAGGAGGAGGGUGAGCAGGAGCCCUCGUGCAGACACCAAAGCUGUGAGCAGAAGGACUGCGUUGCCAGCAAAACCUGGGACAUCACCCUGGCCCAGCCUGAGAGCAUACGGAGCGACCUGGAGAGCUCCGACAGCCAGUCGGACGACGUGCCAGACAUUACCUCGGACGAGUGCGACUCCCCCCGCUCUCAGACUGCGGCAGCCUGCCCACAGACCCCCAGAGCUAGAGGUGCCGAGAGCCCAAGUGCCCCCCUGAGCCGCUGUGCCCGAGCCGAGGGCCGCAGGCUGGAUGAGAUGGUCAAGCUGGAGUGCAUCGAAGCCCGGGUGUGAAGGGCCUCCCGCCCAAAAGUGCUCGCUGGAUCCAUCCUGGCGG